AUGGAUGAAAAUGAAAUAGAUGAAGAAGAACAUGAAUUCUCAAGAAAUUAUUUUUUGGCAAAAGAAUCUGGAAAAUCAUCCAAAAAAUCUGCUCACAAGCUUUCUGAUAUCGAUCUCCUUGAUGAACAGGAUCUUCGAGCUGAGGUGUCUAACAUUGAGCAGAAGCAUCAGAAAGAAAUUACUGCAUUGAUAAAUAGUUACAAAAGUUUGUACAAUGAGUGGGUUUUUGAGUUGAGGUAUGGUUUUGGUCUUCUACUGUAUGGUUUUGGAUCUAAGAAGACGCUGAUAGAAGAUUUUGCUUCAACCGCCUUAACUGAGUAUAGCGUGAUUGUUGUUAAUGGAUAUCUCCAAUCAAUCAAUCUUAAACAGGUUGCCGUGGCAAUGGCUGAAGCAUUAUGGGAUCAACAGAAGUCUGCUUCUCGGAGCCUGCUUAAAGAUCAACAACCAUUUAACUCCCGCUCAAUGGAUGAUCUUAUUGCUUUUCUUGAUGGGAACAAUGCAGCAGAAGAUGGAUGUUCGGUUUGUCUUGUCAUUCACAAUAUUGAUGGGCCUGGUUUGCGAGAUUCUGACAGUCAGCAUCUCCUAGCAAGAAUCGCUGCUUGUUCUCAUGUUCGUGUUGUAGCUUCUAUUGACCAUGUGAAUGCACCUCUUUUGUGGGACAAGAAAAUGGUUCAUGUACAGUUCAAUUGGUGUUGGCAUCAUGUUCCUACCUUUGCACCAUACAAGAUUGAAGGAGUCUUCCAUCCUCUUAUUCUUGCUCAUGGUGGUACUUCCCAAAGUGUCAAGACUGCUUCAAUAGUCUUACAGAGUUUGACGCCUAAUGCCCAGAGCGUUUUUAAAGUUCUUGUAGAACAUCAACUAGCCCAUCUUGAUGAAGAAGGAAUGCCCAUUGAUGUGUUGUUCACAAGUUGUAGAGAGCGAUUUCUGGUGAGUAGCCAGGUCACGUUAAAUUCCCAUUUGACGGAAUUCAAAGACCAUGAAUUGGUCAAGGUCAAAAGACACUCUGAAGGGCAGGAUUGCUUGCAUAUUCCUCUUUCAAAAGAUGCACUUGAAAAACUGGUACAAGAGAUCAACCAAUAGGAGGUUGUCACCGGUUCACUAAGUUCACUUUCUCGAAACCUGAAAACUUCAUCAGCAAACCACUUGGACGUAAACAGUCCGUCGGGCCAUAUCUGGAAAAACAAGUAAUUUUAGGUAUCAUUUAUUAAGGUUGAGUAGCAGGAAUCUGUCUAUUCAGCAAAACUAUUGAGAGGAAGAGAACUUUUGACAAAAAAAUGAUGUAAUGGUUAGGCUUGGUGCAUAUGUUUAGUAAGUUUUAUUGUGUUAGUCUUUCAUAUGAUUACCAAAAUAAUGUAAUGGUUAGGCUUGGUGCAUAUGUUGAGCAAGAUUUAUUGUGCUAGUAUUUUAUAAGGUUACCCGACAAUGAAA